UCCUUUUAUUGGUAAAAAUUUUUAAUCUCUCGACAUUCGAACGAUAUACUGCUGAAAUUCAUGAAGGAACGCCUGUCUAACCGUACUUAGUUUUAAAACAGGUGUCAAGUGACAGUUCUCCGUGCUUCUUUCAUUCGUACAGUUCGCAUUAUUAAUGAAGCAUUCGAAUAUAAUAUGUCACAAUACAACUGGAUUAUUUGUACAUAAUUUUAUAUACAACGUUUUUCUGGGCAGUAUGUAGCAAUUUUUAGUGACUCGAGUAUUAUAAAAAAAAUGGCGGUUUCUCGUAAACAUUUUCUGUUCUUUGCAAAUUCUUUAUUUUUCCACAAAAUUUAUUAUCAUUUUUAAUCCAGUAACUUUUUGCACAAUACUCUUGCUGUAUCAAGUGGAAUGGAGCGAAGUAUUCAUGAAAUGUUAAAAGAUGCUCCUUCUUUGAAUGAUAAUGACAACACAGUUCAUAGCGGGACCCCUCCCCCUCAUGUACCAAACAAUUGUAAUAAUGAUAGUCAAACUAGACCAGCUACAAUAAAUUUAACAAUGUCUAGUCCUAUGUCACAAACAUCUGUAACAAUAUCUCCAAAUACACCUAUUCAAAAUAAUGAUACACAGACAAUGCGUACUGCUCAAAGUAAAAUUGAAAGCAUUAAAAAUUGGAGUAUUUCUACAUACAAGUGUACCAGACAGUUAAUGUAUGAAAAACUUGGAAAGACAUCUCGUACAGUCGAUUCGGAGCUGGAAACGCAAAUCGAAUUGUUGAGAGAUACUCAACGUAAAUAUUGCAAUGUAUUACGGUUAUCAAGAGCACUGGCUUCCCAUUUCCAUCAUGUUGUUCAAACACAACAUGCUCUCGGAGAAGCAUUUUCUGAGUUAGCGCAGAAAUCUCCGGAGUUACAAGAAGAGUUUCUGUAUAACUCUGAAACUCAGAGAUAUUUAACUAAAAACGGUGAAACGCUAUUAGGGGCCUUAAAUUUUUUUGUUUCUUCCGUAAAUACGCUCUGUAACAAAACUAUCGAAGACACCUUGCUCACAGUACGGCAAUAUGAAACAGCAAGAAUAGAAUAUGAUGCCUAUAGAACGGAUCUUGAAGCGUUAGCGCAAGCAACCAAAUCUGAUGGUACUAAUGCGGUAAGAUUAGAAGAGGCGCAAUCUAAUUACGAGGAACAUAAACAAAAUUUCGAGAAACUACGUUCAGAUGUUUCGAUUAAGCUUAAAUUUUUAGACGAAAACAGGAUCAAGGUAAUGCAUAAACAGUUACUGUUGUUUCAUAAUGCAAUAUCCGCCUACUUUUCUGGAAAUCAAACUGCAUUGGAAGCAACACUGAAGCAAUUUAAGAUAAAGGUAAAACCGCCAAACUCGUCUUUACCAUCGUGGCUCGAGCAGUAGUUACACUAGAAGAAGUAAAUGCGAAUAUUUUGAAGAAUACAAAUAAAGGGGUGCAUUCGUCCAUGCGAAUCUUUCUUCGAACAACAGAGAAAGUGACAAAGGUAGAACAUCUUUUGAAUCCUUAAAAAUGUCUUAGGAAAUGCUGUUAUUAAGAUACUUGUCGGUUUAAAUGAUUUUUGGGACAGGAAUGGAUAGACACAAAAACAGACUGACUUUUUUCUGAAUUGUACUUUAAAUAUUGGCCAGUUUCAGAUAUGUAGCACCGUUAGUGGUGGGUAUGAUACCAAAUCAAUACUAUCGAUACCAGCUCAUUAAUUGUAGUCUGGUAUCAAAGGUAUAGGUAUCAAACAAAAUUAAUAUUGCUAUGAAAGUAUUAAUAUUCGUUGGAUUCAAAAGUAUCGUGAAAUUUAUGGAUGCUCCAAAUACAAUGGGUCUUCAUAAAAUGUAACAUUUGUUAGAAUGUUGCAUAAGUUUUAGAACCACAUAAUUUUAUAUUUUAGUUGUAAAGUAUGUUUCUAGUCAGUACGUUUGUGAAUAUCAUAGUGCGUACUUCUAAUAUAAAUUUUAUAUUUUUUAACUCUAGUCUUAUUUAUGGUAUUAAUGUGCUUUAAAUAACAGUGGAAAGAUUUUCAUUUUGAAAAUUCCGAAGAGAUCGUGGGUUUGGAUUCGUUGUGAAAUUAUUUUAAGCGAAAGCGUAAUUCUACAAUUUCUCGUCUCUAUUCCUUUCUUCUCUUUUUAUACGAUCUCGUCAUUCUUAAAAUUGCUUCGUAUCGCAUUCGCAUUGUACAUGUCCUUUCACAUUUUCGCUACUUUACGUUCCGGCAUAUGUGUACAUUAGUAUCGAUAUCUACUCGAUACCAUCGAUAUCUAUCGAUACCAUACGAUAUUGGUAUCGAUCACAUAGUAAUUACAAAAGUAUUGAAAAAUGAUAUCAAGAACCUGAGACCCCAAUACCUUUCAGUAUUUCCUAUUAAGUACUUUGGUAUCGAAUUGUUUGGGUAUCUUGAUAUGUAUAGGUAUCAGUCCCAUCACUAA